CGUGUGAGCUGCUCAUUCCACAGCUAGCCGCGGCAGAGGUCGAUUGCAAUUUCAAGCCGAUCAGCCAAUAUUCGAGGCCAAUGGAAGCCAAAAAAAGUGCUCUAGUUCGGAUUGUUCUUCGAAUUUUUGGUCUGGUGUUUGGUGUAGUCGUUUUGGGAUGCAUUGCCGACAAGCUCUACGAGGACAUCCCUUUAACGUCUACUAAACUCUGCGUGUUCCACUUAAAAGAUAUUGCAAAGUUUGACUUCAAGGAAACUGCUUGCCAGUUGGGCAUCGGUUGUGGCGCGCUGGCUUUGAUCUUAGCCGUCAUUUUCUGUAUUUUGGACCUGCUGACCGAUGUAAUGGGGAACGCAGAAGAAAUGCGUCGACCCAUUAUCGCAGUGAGCAGUGGACUGGCCAUCGUCAUGGGAAUCUUGUGGCUCGCCUGUUUCGCUUACUUAACCAAACUGUGGAUUGAUAUUAAAGGAAACGACGCUGACAAUGAGAUCAAGAUACCAGGGGAAGCAACUCUAGGUUUCAGCUUUCUGUCUAUUCCUAUAUGGCUUGCUGUUGCUGCUGUUGGCUUUGCCGCUCUGCGAGGUAGCGGCGGCUUAAGCGCAGAACACUGAAACAGAAAAAGCUGCCUUUCUCAACUUCUGCAUGCUGUCUAGGAAACUUUGCUUUUGCUACUUGUUUGCAUGGUCUAGCUAAUUAGCGUGAGUCUGCUAGCAUGUCAAGCUGUGAAUCAGUUGAAUUUCUUAUUACUGAUUACUGCAGGAUCGCCAGGAUCCCUUACUAUUUGAA